AGACAAUCAAUUUGUACCUAGGUACAUACCUACACUUCGCUCAACCUUAUCACCUAAAUUGAAUGUUCGCAUUGAUAACUAUCGCCGGCAAAAUGUCGGAUCGGUAACGGAUAGGUAAUUCAAUGUUCCACCUUCUGGCCAUCUUGUCCUUAUCGGAAUAGCUUCAAUCAUCAUCCAUGUUCCUCAUUAACCUUCACCAACCAAUUUAAGCUCACCACUACUAUCGUCACCUCGUACUAUUGCGCAUAACUAUCAUCACUUCCUGAUGCGUUUAUACAAUUUCCUGUCUCCCAUGUAAUAUAAUUCACUAACAAAACGGCAUCAUGCGCCGUUACGGAGCCUUUCUUUUUUUGAGCACCCUGCUUCCCUCGGGUCAAGCUCGCCAGCCCGAGUUCAGCAUUCACCAUGACCUUUUAGCAUAUCCUCAAUUCGAGGUGACGUUCUCCGAAUCGUAUAUAUCAGAAAAUGAAGCCCAAGCUUUAGUUAAGAGGAGCAACCCUUCACAUCCCGACUACCAUGCCGAUUUCCCUGGUCAGACUGAUCUCGCGUCAAACGUGCGAGCUGCUAAGGCCAAUGGAGACGAUAAAAUUGACGAAUCUUACGAGAUAAUGACCAUGCCCCCGAAUCGUUACUUAUGCGCCAUACCAAUCAUCGAACCUCCCCCCGCGCCGAACAAGACAGCUGCCGAUCCAGCCAAAGCCGAGGAGGCUCGCGAGCUAGCGAGAGCUUCAGCCCACGGCUGGGAUCUCAUCAGUGGUCUUGAGGGCGAAUGCCUCUAUCAUAUGUCUGGCUGGUGGAGCUACAGCUUUUGCUAUGGUCGUGAUGUUAAGCAAUUCCAUGCGCUCCCUGCUAGUGUUAAGAGCGGACCUCCGGUGCGAGACAUCAACAUCGCAGAAUAUGUGCUUGGAAGAGUAGUUCCCGACCAUCAUUCUACUUCGCGCUCGUCGCGGCGCGGUCAGUCUAACCCCCAUAACCCCAAUGACAAGGGAGACUCAGUUCCCACGCCGCCCCCGAACACCGAGCUUCAGAUCAAGGGCGACCAAAGAUACUUGGUCCAGAAGAUGGGCGAUGGUACUAUCUGCGAUCUUACCGGUCGCGAACGUACCAUCGAGAUACAAUACCACUGUAGUCCAGGUAGCACCAAAGAUCGCAUCGGCUGGAUCAAAGAGGUAACCACCUGCGCGUAUCUCAUGGUAGUGAACACGCCUCGGCUGUGUGUAGACGUCGCCUUCCUACCGCCGAAGGAAGAGAGAGCAAACGUCAUCAGCUGUCGCGCCAUCGUUCCAGAGACUGACCAGGCGAGUUGGCAUGCACGGAAGACGCUAGAAGCGGAGGCCGCUAUGAUCGAGCAUAUGAGAGGAGAGAUUAAGGGACCCAUCACCAUCGGUGGCGUAAUCGUCGGAGGUAGACGAUUGCUCGGCGACGGCGAAGAUGGCCAAGAAGGACACAAGCUAGCCCCGCCUCGAAACUUCCGCAAUCCCAACAUAGCCCCGCUGGUUGAGGUGGUGGCCAAGGGGACCAGCAGAGAAGACGGCGGCAAGGUAGACAUGCUCACCGACGAGGAACUGACAAAAUUAAACCUCAGUCCCGAGAUGGUCGAGGAGCUAAAGAAAGAGCUGCAGAAGUUAGCAGGAGAUAGGGGCUGGAAGCUGGAGGUUGUCGAGAUGCCCGGCGAUCCUAGGGAGAUUCGUGGGGUUGUCGAUACCGACGAGGAUGAGGUUGAGGAUGAGGUCGAGGCGAAGAACGGCAACGAAGGCGGCGAGAAAAAGCCCGAUGGCGGUGAUAAAGGCGAGGAUACGGGUAGUGAGGAAAAGUUCUUCAAAGAGGAGCUUUGAAGGACUGGGUACUAGCAUAGCAAACGGCGUUACGUAGGUAGGAUUCGUUGCAUUCAUAUCAAGUUCCAAAAAUCUUGUCGGUCCCUGAUCACUUACAUCGCCGCAUAUGUUAAUCCAACCAUCCAAAUUAGAGAUUAGUUCUUCUAGUUUCACCAAGCCAUGUAGACAUUGAUCCAGUGUAGCUAAUC